GCAACCCCAACUAACCCACUACCCGUUCCAACUUGUAGCAUAAUUGUUUUGCAACCCGACUAACUCGUAAUUCAAUUCAACCCAAUCUCGGCCCGCCCGAACCUACCCAUUGACAUCCUGGUAUCCUACUCGUCCCACAUGUAUUUGGUUGGUUGACACGCCAUACAAGCAAAGAGGACAUGCGGAUAUUUGAAAGAAUCUUCUCCCAAUUACGUGGCAUAUACCAAACCAAAUGAAACUCCAUUUUGGGGACAUCUGAUAAAACUAAUAACCAAAAGAAGCAGCAACCACGGCCAAAGCUCCCCCAAAUCAAUCACUCGCUCCAAGAAGAAAAACCAUUACCGAUCCCGAUCAUUCACAAAGCCAGCCAGAUAUGCUGAAAGCUCAGCUCUUGUUCAUGUAUGAUCCUUGAAAAGGGCAACCCGUUAUCAGAACGAUAACUAGGGAAAAGGGUAGAAAUAGUUAGAUUAGUUUUGUUCCUUUAUCCAGAACACUCUUGCUUCGAGGAACCCACUUUCCGUCCUCGACCAUGGAGCAAUUUCCCGCGAUGAAGCCCUUCGUAGUCUACUUCUUCUUGUUCCUCGUUUGCGCUACUCAAGCUAUAGAAACCCCGUUUCACCCACGGGACGUGCUGCCGCUGUUACCCAAGGAAGUUUCCUGGCCGGUCCUUGAUUAUCUCAAUGGGGCGGUGGAUCUUCUCCCGACGUUUGUGGGUGCUGCCUCUUCUCCAGAAAACGCCGCGGUGUGGAAAGGCGCGUGCUUUUACGAGAACGAGGCUUGGAUGGAGUUCCACAACAAGACUGGGAGCCAAUUUGGCGGCGGUACCCUUCAUCUUAAGAUCAGUAAAGCUCAUAGCUGGACAUGCAUGGAUCUUUAUCUCUUCGCCACUCCAUAUCGCGUAACUUGGGAUUACUAUUUUGUUUCUCGGGAGCAUACUCUGGAAUUCGAAGAGUGGGAAGGAAGAGCGGAGUAUGAGUAUGUGAAAAACAAGGGGGUCUCAAUUUUUCUCAUGCAAGCAGGGAUGUUGGGAACUCUCAGUGCCCUAUGGGAUGUCUUCCCCUUAUUCACUAAUACCAAGUGGGGUGAGAAUUCUAAUCUUGCUUUCCUUAAGAAGCACAUGGGUGCGAACUUUGAAGCCCGUCCUCUGCCCUGGGUCACCAACAUCACUGUUGAUGAGAUUCACUCUGGAGACUUUCUUGCAAUAUCAAAGAUCCGUGGGAGGUGGGGCGGAUUUGAAACUUUGGAGAAGUGGGUCAGUGGAGCUUAUGCUGGACACUCUGCUGUUUGCUUAAGGGAUUCUGAAGGAAAAUUAUGGGUCGGUGAAUCAGGACAUGAGAACGAGGAGGGAGAAGAUGUUGUUGCCAUAUUACCGUGGGAGGAAUGGUGGGAGUUUGAACUGAAUGAAGAUGACUCCAAUCCCCAUAUUGCUUUGCUUCCUCUACGCCCUGAAAUCCGAGCCAAGUUCAAUGAGACAGCUGCUUGGGAGUAUGCAUUAAGCAUGGAUGGCCAACCUUAUGGAUACCAUAACUUGAUAUUUAGUUGGAUAGACACUAUCAAUGGCAACUUUCCACCUCCACUUGAUGCUCAUCUGGUAGCUUCUGUUAUGACAAUUUGGAGUCAGAUGCAACCUACUUAUGCUGCAAACAUGUGGAAUGAAGCCUUGAACAAGCGACUUGGAACUGAGGGGCUUGAUUUACCAGCCAUUAUUGUAGAGUCCGAAAAGCGUGGUUCAUCCUUUGGGGAUUUGUUAACAAUUCCGGAACAAGAUGACUGGUUGUACUCGGAUGGGAAGUCUACAUCUUGUGUGGCUUUCAUUCUUGAAAUGUACAAAGAAGCAGGACUAUUUGAUCCAUACUCUAGUGAUAUACAAGUCACCGAGUUCACGAUCAAAGAUGCUUACUCCCUCAACUUCUUUGAGAACAAUGCAAGCCGUUUGCCAUCCUGGUGCAAUGAUGGGGAUGAUGUGAAGCUGCCCUUUUGCCAGAUCAAGGGGCAGUAUCGAAUGGAAUUACCGGAAUACAAUACCAUGGCUCCUUAUCCCCACAUGAACGAGAGGUGUCCUUCCCUUCCGCCAGACUACUUCAGGCCGCAGGAUUGCUAAAUCGGUCGUGAUCAAUCUCUCUCACUUCCUCUGGAAGUUAUGACAUGGCCAAUGUCAGCGUAGACUGUGCUUGUUUGUCUGUCCGUGUAGUAGUAAAAUUGGCAAAUGCGGACUGCCUAGUACUGUUAGUGAAAGAACAGAAAGAAAAGACAAAUGUAAAGAGCACGAAAGAUGAAGGGUUGGUGUCACUUGUAAAUAUGCAGAUCAUUGUGUAAAGAGAAAGUCAGGGGUUACUGAUGUUAUGUUCUACUGUCCUAGUCUUAAGUUAUUUGUGAUCUUAAUCAAGUAGUUAGCACUUUGAUUUAUCCUUUCCUUUGAAUUCGUGGGUGUAUGAAAUUAGAGAAACAGUUUUUUCUCUGUGUUUAGAUGGUGAUGGCAGUAUGAAUGAGAGCAAGAAAAUCUGUCAUUUGCUCUACUCUUCAGGAAAUACUUGCAGCUUUCUGUUUGCUCAAAACAAUCAGAAGACUGACACAAAAAAGUUUGGUGACAUUCUGUAUGUUUGAAUCUAUGACAGUUUGGUCACUGCUUGCAGUUCCAUAAUCUGGCUGGGAGGGAGGAUGAUGAGAAAUGGAAAGAUAAAAAACAGUGACAGAAGUUCUGGUGAUACAAGAGUUAGGAACCAAAAUUCCUGUUCCUGGGCUCGAUUUUGAUAGGCAACCUCUUGGUUGGAACCGGCAUUGAGCCGCGGCUAAACCGGUUAUCCGCACAUAUCUUCCAGGUAAACUGAGUCACAAUGUAAUGGAUAGUGACAAGGGUUUCAACCUUGGCAAACUCAUAUCCUGGGCAUAUCCAAGUACCAAACCACCAUAAUUUAUGUUUGGGCGUCGAGAAUAGUCUAAUCCCGGAGAAAACAAAGCAUACCUUCGAAGAUUAGAUAAUAGUCUAAUCCCGGUGAAAACAAAGCAUACCGUCGAGAAUAGUCUAUAAAAAGCACAUGUAGGAUAAGAUAAUGAUACAGAUGUGUCAAACGAAGCUGCAGGGUGCUUUCAAUACAGAGCUAUCGCCAAAUUCAUAAAUCUCGGUAUGUAUUUUGAGGUUAGUGUUGUAGCAUGUCACGCGUGCUAUUACUCGGCCUUGCUCGGAAUGUGGUUGCCACCGGUUGCGACUUUGUAGAGAUAAAAUGCAGUCAUGAGACCACUGCAAAGGUGGAAGCAAACAUAAAGAUUGUAAAUGUGAUGCCAUAAACUUAGCAGAUCCCACAGAUGGCUUGUACAAUAUUUCAAUAUAUAAACUAUCAACAUAGCUUUGCGUUGCAGAGUAAUCAAACAUCUAAGAGGUUGUCACAAUGGCUAGGGGACUUGGCCAGUUCUAGCUAUUGCAGCCACUGCAGGAGCCUGUUUUGAUCGUUUCAUUCCAUCUUGUUCAUCAUCAUUCAUAAGCUGGCAUUUUUCUUUACCACUGGACCCUAAAUAUAUACCGAGUAGGCAACUUUUUCCUGAGUGGUUUGUAAAGACUAGCAAUCUGGACAUUUACAGUAACUUUUGUCCUAAAGGGAUGGAUUGAAUUGAAAGAGGAAACAACAGUUUGUGCUAACAAGUUCCCUAAUAUCUCAUUUUACAGAGAUAAUCAAUGACAGCUACGGACGUCAAGUGCCACAAGAGCUCCACAAUGAUGCCGUGAUCAGACUAAAUAAAUUGAUGAUCU